UAAAGAAACAACACUGCAGUCUGAAAAAGCUUGACGAAUUUCUUCGUAUCAAGCUUGUUUGUGAAACAUAAAUGGAAAUGGGAAAAGAGGUGGUGAACAAGCAAGUGAGUUUUAAAGAUUACAUUAGAGAUGCACCAAAGGAAUCUGAUAUGGAGCUCAAGUCCAGUACUAUUGCCUUGGAGGUGAAAGAGGGCACAGAGGAUGUUGUAGUGAAAAACUUGUACCUGUCAUGUGAUCCUUACAUGAGAGGCAGAAUGGGGAACUACCACAAGUCAUACAUACCUCCCUUCACCCCUGGAUCAGUUUUACAAGGUUUUGCAGUUGCUAAAGUGAUACUUUCAAAUCAUCCAAAUUUUAAAGAGGGCGAUUUGGUAUCUGGAAUGUCUGGGUGGGAAGAUUAUAGCAUAAUACCAAAGGGAAAUAACUUAACAAAGAUCUCAUCAAUUGAUUUACCACUUUCAUAUUUUGUGGGAAUUCUAGGAAUGCCUGAAUUAACAGCUUAUGCUGGAUUCUUUGAGGUUUGCUCUCCUAAAAAGGGAGAGCACGUUUUUGUCUCUGCAGCCUCUGGAGCAGUUGGCCAGCUUGUUGGGCAAUUUGCAAAGUUGAUGGAUUGCUAUGUUGUCGGGUGUGCUGGGAGUAACGAGAAGGUGGAUUUACUGAAAAAUAAGUUGGGUUUUGACGAUGCUUUCAACUAUAAGGAGGAGCAUGAUAUGAAUGCCACUCUGAAAAGGUAUUUUCCAAAAGGAUUUGACAUCUAUUUUGACAAUGUGGGAGGGAGCAUGCUUGAUGCAGUACUUAGAAAUAUGAAAGUCCAUGGCCGUAUUGCUGUUUGUGGUAUGAUCUCUCAAAAGAGUUUUCAGAAUGAAGGAGGCAUACAAUACAUAAGUCUGGCUAUCCCCAAGCGCAUAAGGUUGGAAGGUUUCCUUCAGUCUGAUUAUAUGCACUUGUACCCUCAGUUUCUGGAGAAUGUGAUAAAUUAUAUCAAACAAGGGAAGAUAACUUACAUUGAAGAUGUUGCUGAAGGACUUGAAAAUGCACCAGCAGCUUUUGUGGGGCUGUUUCAUGGUAAAAAUCUUGGCAAGCAAGUAGUUCAUAUCAAUGAUGAGUAAUGGAAUUGCAAGUGCAGUUCUGGGAAGAUUAAUUUUGCAUAAAAAUGCAACCAAAUAAUGUUAUCUCUUAAAUAUUAAUUUGACUUGGAGAAUUUAAUGCAUCUUACAAACUGCUUUGGUUCAGGCAGGAAUUCGAACCUUGG